AUGUGCAUCGUGUUUACUUGUGGCGAGCACACCUUCCGCAAGGAAGUGGAAGGCUACAACGGGCUCGUUUGCCGGUGCUACAAUUGCGGCAACUACUCGGGGUCAGUCGUCAAGUCGAACCCCUGGUUUACCUUUUGCUUUAUUCCCGUGAUCCCGCUGUCGAUGAAGGGAUACGAGGACGUUUCCUGCCGCAUUUGCAACUUCCAGCAGCCUCUCACCCACCGACCCGACGUUCAGGCGCUCAAGGGACAAGGGGGGCAAGGAGUACCGAUGCAGUCGCCGCCGCCUGGACCGCAGCAGGGAUGGAACCAAGGAACACCGAAACCGAACGAACCGAUGAGAUACGGAUAA